AAUGAUUGAAUAUUAGUAUAUUGAAAUUUAUAAACUAUUUAAAUGCCCUUUACAUCUCAUCCAACACUUCUAAAUGAACAAGAAAAGAAACACACGAAAAGGCUGAAUCACUUUCUGACGUCUUGCAGUAUGCAAAUUGCUAAUUUCAAGUGACUGGUUUUUAGAGACUGGCAAUAACGAAGUGUGCAAAAAUACUUUUGAAUCAUUGACAUUUUUGAAGGUUAUAAAUAUUUAUUUUUAACAGAAAUAAAUUGUGAGUAAAAACUGUUCAACUCGACAUUCGCUUGCAGUGCGAAAAAGGUCGUCCCAAUUUGAUUAUCACUCUCACGCUGAUUAAUCACUACGUUCAGCUUUGAUUUAACUUCAACUUCUAGUCAAUUCGCACGAAUCGUGGAAAAUGCUCAUAAAAGUGAUUUUGCUGCUCGUUUGUGUUCAUGUUUUGUUUGGAAGCAUAAAUUUAGAGAAAUAUUUGUGGAAAACAUGGAAAAAUAACACAUUUUACGCCUUUCGUGGCAUUCGGUAUGCUGAGCCACCAACAGGUUCAUUGAGAUUUAAAGCACCUCAACCCAUAAAAACAUGGAAUAAUAUACCAGCAUUGUUUGAGCAAAUUCGAAAUGAAGAUGCUUGUGAUUGCCCAUCGCCGAAUACUUCAUACGAUGAAGAUUGUUUGUUUCUGAAUGUGUACACCGAACAUUUGAAUGGUUCAAAACCAGUAGUUGUAUUCAUUCACCCGGGUGGUUUUUACAUUGGAUCUGGCAGCUCCGCUAACUACGGGCCCGAGUAUUUGUUGGAAGAAGAUUUGGUGUUGGUAACAUUUAACUAUCGACUAGCAUUCUUUGGAUUUACAAGCGUUGGCACCAAUGAUGCCAUCGGAAAUGCUGGAUACAAAGAUCAAGCGCUGCUUUUGAAAUGGGUUUAUGAUCACAUUCGACACUUUGGUGGUGAUCCAAAUUGCGUGACUCUGAUGGGCGAUAGUGCUGGCGGAAUGAGCGUUCAAGCACAUCUAGUCUCACCACUUUCAAGUCACCUGUUUCAUCGAGCCUUUGUAAUGAGCGGCGGAAUAUUGCCACAAGCUAAAUCUCCGUCGUCGCAAAUGCAUUUAGUCGAAAAACUAGCUCGUUUACUUGGAUGCUCCGAAAAUGAGAACACAUUUGAUUGCAUUAAAAAGGCUAACACAGUGUCAAUCACCGAUAGUUUGAGGAAAAUUUUCGAAUUUGGAUGGGACAAUCCAGUUUAUCCAUGGUUGCCAAUCGUCGAACCACCUAGUGAUGAACAACCAUUUUUGAACGAAGAUCCGAUGAAGUUAUUUGAAACGGGAAAAUUCAGCAAAAUUCCAGUUAUGGUCAGUUUGACAAAACACGAAACUUCAAUGUCAGCGAUGUACCUAUUCGAACACAGAGAUCUGUUGACACAAUGGGUGAAUGACUUCGCGCGAAUUGGACCGAUUUGCAUGCAAUAUGAACCAAAUGAUACCGUUUCGGAUAGGUUAAAAGAGAGAUACGCGCCGUAUGAUGUCGAUGAUAAGGAACAUUUCAUUGAUUUGUUCGACAGUUGUGCUGAGAGUUUUUCAGAUUCAACCAUCACAUUUCCUCUCCAUCGAAUGGUGCAACUCGUAAAAGAUGCAACCGAUGUUUAUUACAUGAAAUUCGAUUUCCAUGGGUCAUACAGCGGAUUCAUGUGCAAUUCAACUAAUGACAAAGAUUUAUGUGACGAGAUUGCAAAGAAAAAUAUCGUUGAGCAUUGUGACGAUCUUCAAUACCUGUUCACGGCAGCCAAUAUUCCGAGAAUUAAAGAUGAAUCGAGUGCCGAAGGUCAAAUCGUAACGAAAUACACAAAAUUGCUAUACAGUUUCGCAAAAAAUGGUUAUCCGUACUUCGGCCCAGACUUAUUAGCAAACACCGCAAAGUUCGAUGCUGAUGAGAAAUAUGUCUCUUUUGAUACAAAAUUUGAAGUAAAAAACAAUCCAUUCCGAAAUGCUGCUCUAUGGGAUUCCUUGUAUCCAAUAGCAAACAAUGAAAAAUAACAAAUGAAAAUACACACACAAAUUUUGGUUUUCCGAUAGAAAA